AUGUCUGAACGUGUGAAAUGGCUUGGAGUAUUUCGCAACCUUGGCAUUGUUAACAGUAUGGGUGAACUCGAAAGAAUGUCCGAUGCAGAUUUUCAAGAAAAGUGUGCUUUUUGCUUAGAUUGUGGAAUGGCUCCUGAUGAAGACGAUGAAUUAACAAGAGCAAUCCAGGAAUCUCUUGCAGAUUAUACACCAAAGCCUGCACCAAAACCAGAAAUUACAAAGCCAGAGCUAGAAAGAAAUAGAAAAUCAACUCCCAGACAACCUCCACAAGAACCAGCCAAACCACAACCAUCAAGACCAGCUCGUCCACCACGUACGGAAUCAGGUCAAAUUCGCGAUCAGCAAAACUCCGAUUUUGCAAGAGUCCAACAACAGCAGUUAGAAAAGCAAAUGGCUGAAGAAAAAGCUCAAGCUGAAAAACAGAAACAGCAGCACCACCAAAAAGCUGAAAAGCCAAAGAAAUCAAUUCCAAGUUCAUCUUCUAAAGAACAAUUAAAGGAAAAAGCAGAAAAACUUGGCUCUGAACCAAAGGAUGGCAUCUCAAUUGGUUUUCAUAUGAUGGAUGGAUCUAAAUUAAAGCGCAAAUUUAAACCUACAGAUAAAGGAAAUGAUCUUGUUACUUUCGUUGCUGCAAAUGAUAAAAUGUUUAAAGCUGACGGAACACCAAUUAAAUUUAACCUUGUACAGAAUAUGGGAGCUUCUUUAAAUCUUAGUAAAUCCCUGAAGGAUCAAGGCAUUACUAGAAGUACUAUGUUCACAGUAGAUAUCUUAGAUGAUUAA